GUGUUUAUCAUCUCCGAGCCGGCCAUAAUAAGAUCAAACAGGCUGAGUUCACCAGCCAGGCUCGGAGCCCCAGUGGACAGAGGUAGAGGAGGGAGCCCGCCGUUAUCUGCCAAUGGCAGGACCUCAGAUGGAGGACAGCGCUCUGGACAUGGUGACAUGUGAAGAUGAUGGCGAGGAUGAGGAAGGAAUACAGAAUGGUGCGGAGGAAGAUGAAGAAUGUCAGGAGAUCAUUGAGCCCGCAGAGCUGAAAGCAGAGCCUGCUGAACAAAGUGACACAUUGACCCCCCAGGAGGAGGAAAUGGAAGAAGAAGCUGAAGCUUGCGCUGUGGAAUCUGGUGCCAGAAGGCGGGUGUGGGUCAUCGGUCAGUCCUACAUUUAUUGGGCACAACAGCGGGCUGAAGUUCAUCCCGGGGGACUCCAACUUGGUCUGUCGCUGGCGGUGGCAGAGGUCCGUUGGUUCGGUUCCCGGGGUAUGCAGUGGAAGCACCUGUUGCCUGAAAUGGUCCGGUUGGCUCGCUUAUUCGGCAUUCCUGAUGUGCUCUUGAUUCAUCUGGCGGGGAGCGCUCUUGGCACUAUUCCGGUGUGGCAUCUGGGUAAUAUGAUCCUGGAGGAUUUGGCAGAGUUAUUGCUUAAGUUCCCCGGGCUUUGUAUAGUUUGGUCCGAGGUGCUAUCCCGGAAUUAUUGGAGGGGGGCAAGGGACCCCAGUGCUGUUGAACGGAGCAGGAUCAAGCUGAACAAGCGUGUUUCUAAAUUUGUGAAGAAAAUGGGGGGGAUCACAGUGCGUCACCGCAUCUUUGAGCAAAAUGCAGCAAUGUUUUUUAAGAGUGAUGGGGUCCGCCUGACGGAGGAGGGGCUGGAUUUGUUUAAUCUGGCAUUGCAGGGUGCGUUGGAGGAGGCCAUGGCGUUGGUGUCUGGGCUGCCCUGCUGAUUAAGGGGGUAAACCAGCGUGUCUUGUGGCGGUAUAUGGCCCUUGUCAACUGUGGGUUGGAUCAGUGGUCCGUGGAAAGUGGAUGGGUAGGGCUAUCCCUCCCCUAACCUCAGGUACAGUUAUGGAUAACGGACGUGCCCAAUGAGCCAAUAAUCGGCUAGUGGUUAGCAUUACGAGAAUGGAUGGCCC